AUGGCGCCCGCGCUCCUCGAUAAGAUCGAGAGCAAGGUCAAGAAGGUCCUUCCACACUCCGAUCCUCCUUCGCCCAAACCAGGCGACAAAGCAGGUAUGACGCGGGAGCCCUCCAACUCUUCUUCCUUGUUCAAGUGCCGGAACUCGACAUCGAAGAGUUCCACCCCAGCAUCUUCCGUCACGAACGUGCCCUCGACACUCGGAGGGAAGGGCACACCCGCCUCCUCCGUCUCCCACAUUCCAUCCACAAACACUCCCAGCCAGCCCGGCACGCCUGUUCAGUCUCAACCCCGGGCUGGCCCUCCCGACCCGCGGCCAGUGAACGUCCCCACCCCAACAGUGACGGAGGACUUUGACGCGCCGGCACAGGCGCACCACGACUCGCCGCUCGAUGCGCUCCGAGGCAAAGCGAAGGAGUGCAAGGAGAAGCUGACGCCGAAUUUCCUCCACAACAACGACUGCGGCACGAGUGGCGGCGUGCCGUGUUCACAGCUGUUCGGCAUGUUCAAGGCGCUCGCAUCUGAGGACUCUCGCGACGGCGACACAUCCGACAGCGACGCGGACGAGCCGCCCCGCCGCCGUGCCCCGCAGAAGAGGAGAAGCCACAUGAGCCAAGUGUCAACCGUCUCCAGUGGCCAAACGACGGAUGUGACGGACGACGGCGACGACAGUCCUCCCGGAUACACCUAUGACGGGUUCGGCAACCUGCACCGCUCCGAGAGCGAGCCCCAGUUCCUCCCCACGGAGGAGGAGCACGAGCACGACCCGCACAUGGCGAUGAAGCGGCACGCGAGCGUCAGCACGACCGAGCCGGCACUCCACAUUGCGCGCUUUGACGAGAACGACCCCGAGGUGCAGCGGUGGCUGCGCGAGACGCUCGGCCCGGUCCAGCUGUCCCAGCUCCAUCUUCACGAUUCGCCGCAGAGGGCUCCACAGUCUCGGCGACCGAAGCAGUCUCGGCCAAAGGCACGGCGGCGACCGACCGACGUGCCUGAGGGCAACGAGGAAGACGCCGACGAUGAGGACGUCAUGGUUGCGGCGCUGAACGACGCCAAUCCGGCUGAAGGAGCCAGAGUACCGCCCGAGCAGAUUGCGGACCUGGCCUUGGCACAGAUGGCGGAGCAGAAUGCAGAGGAGGGCGAGCAGGAGCGCGAGAAUAGGGAGAAGUUCCGCGCCGACCAUGGCCAUGCCAACACUGUCCCUCCCGCGGGUGAAGCGACCCCGGAGGAGAAGGCCCGCUUCAACAGGAGCGAAGUACCCGAGGCGGAGAAGCUGCGCGUCAUGCGGGAGGAGUUUGGCGAUAUCGCCUCUGUCAUGGUCGACGCGCAGGGCAGGUGUGAGCCAGAGCGCAUCCUCGCCGAGUCGCAGGGCAGUCUCUUCCGCGGCGUCAUGAUGAUCGGCAAUCUGCACCUCACGACGCACAGGCUCACGUUCCACGCCCUCCUCCCGCCCGACAACAUGAUUACGCAGGGGCCGGACUUUGAGAGUCUGGACGACAAUGAGGCUGCGGCGCUGAAAGCUCGCCCGGACAUUAUCCAGGCCGGAAGCGUGACGCUGCACCAGGGCGGCAUCUUCACCUCCCAGAAGCGUGUUUGGAUGGAACUCACGCCCGAGAUGCUGACUUGCUACCCCUCUGCCGAUGAGGCGGGCAAGACCCGUCCCCUGUUUUCCAUUCUGAGUGAGUAA